AUGCAUCACCCCACACUCUCAACCGCAGCUGUCGCCCUUUUGGCUGCUCUGCCUGCUGCCAAUGCAGGCCUCUAUCCCAAGAGCUCUGCCGUCCUCUCGGUCGAUGCAAAGAACUACGACAACUUGAUUGCCAAGUCUAACCACACCUCAAUUGUCGAGUUCUACGCCCCCUGGUGCGGCCACUGCAAGAACCUCCAGCCCGCCUACGAGAAAGCCGCCAAGAACCUCGCAGGCCUCGCCAAGGUCGCCGCCGUCGACUGCGACGAUGACGCCAACAAGCCUUUCUGCGGGACCAUGGGCGUCCAGGGCUUCCCGACCCUGAAGAUCGUGCGUCCAGGUGCCAAGAAGGGCAGGCCCAUCGUCGAGGACUACCAAGGUCCCCGCACCGCCAAGGGCAUCGUGGACGCCGUGGUGGAGAAGAUCAACAACCACGUCCAGCGCGUUUCCGACAAGGAGAUCGACAGCUUCCUGUCAACUAAGAACGAGUCGGCCAAGGCAAUCCUGUUCACGGAGAAGGGCACUACAAGCGCGCUCUUGAAGAGCCUGGCCAUUGAUUUCUUGGACGUCAUCACUGUAGGACAGGUCCGCAGCUCACAGAAGAAGGCGGUCGAAUUGUUUGGUAUUGAAAAGUACCCAACUCUGGUCCUGCUCCCGGGCGGCGACAAAGACGGAAUCGUAUACGAUGGCGAGUUGAAGAAGGAGGCUAUGGUCAAGUUCCUAUCCCAGGCCGCAACUCCCAACCCUGAUCCCGCGCCCAAGAAGUCCAAGACGAAGUCCUCCACACCGAAGAAGCCAGCAACCACCGCGGAGACCGAGACCGAGCCCUCCACCGAGGCGGAUGAGAAGAUCACCGAGCCAGCGGGCGAUGAGAACAUUCAGAAGCCCGUCGUGUUCGAGGGCCCCCUGCCUAUCCCGAUCAUCAACUCAGCCGAGAAGCUGGUCUCGAACUGCCUCAGUCCCAAGUCGCACACCUGCGUACUGGCCUUCGUGCCCAAGGAGAGCCGCGGCGAGCCAGCUGACAAGGCCCUGGCUGCGCUUGCACAAUUGGCCCACAAGCAUGCCCAGAGCAAGCGCCACCUAUUCCCCAUGUACGAGGUGCACACCGAUGACGCGCACUCAAAGGACAUCCUCAAGGCCCUCGAACUGUCGGGAGACGUCCAGGUCCUGGCUAUCAACGCCCGCCGCGGUUGGUGGAGGCUGUACGAGGGCCAGGACUUUGGCCACGAGAGCAUCGAGAGCUGGGUCGAUCAGAUCCGCUUGAGCGAGGGUGUCAAGCGCAAGCUGCCCGAGGGUAUCGUAGCGGCUGCUGCUGAGGAGACGGAAGCCUCUUCCGAGGCCACACCAGAGCCUUCUGUGGAACCCACCCCUGAGGCCACCGACAGUGAGGCUGCUGAGAGCACCGCCACGCCUGAGCCGGAGGUCACGCCAGACGCGGAGAAGAUCUCGGAGAGCAACACUGAAGAGGAGACGUCGUGGAAGGGUGCGGAUCCUACUAUUCAGGAGGAGACUGCAGAGGAAAAGCCGACCGAGGCGGCUCAUGACGAGCUCUGA